AUGGCGGAAGAAAUGUUUGCCGUCACAGCGCCUGCUUAUACUGAUCCAUCCCGUUAUCAACUCUCCAAAGUGCCUCAGCCGACGGUUACAGAGGAUACUGAUGUAGUUAUAAGGGUUCAUGCUGCAAGUGUUAAUCCAGUGGAUGUGAAGAAGGCGGCAGGAGUCUUCAAGAUGGCCGUUAGGGACUCUUUCCCAUACAAGGUCGGAUAUGACGCAGCCGGUGUAGUGAGCCAAGUUGGAAAUAAUGUACAAACGUUGAAAGUCGGCGACGAGGUUUAUACACGAUUACCAGAAGUUGGAAGAGGAGCCUGGAGCCAGUAUUCCAAGUGCGCGGAGGAAUACGUUGCUCUGAAGCCUAAAAAUGUCACCUUUGGCGAGGCUGCUUCAUUGCCGUUGGCGGGUGUCACGGCGCUGCAGGUUUUACGGCAAUACAAGGGCUCACUAGAAGGAAAGACAGUCUUUAUACCUGCCGGCUUGAGUGGCACGGGAGCAUAUGCGUGCCAAUUGGCGAAGAAUGUUUUUCAUGCUGGCAAGGUGAUCACGACGGUUUCGACAGCCAAGAUUCCCCAGGUUCCCGAGUUACUCGGCGAAGGAGUUGUUGAUCAGAUUAUCGACUAUACAAAGACCGACCCAUUGGCAGCGAUUCCCUUGCGUUCUGUCGACUUUUUGUUUGACACUACCGGCCAAGCCAUGCAAUUUCUGCCUCUUUUGGUCCGGUCAACAGGAAUGGUUGUAUCUAUAUCUACGAAGCCCUCAGCUGCUACACUUCAAGCAUCGAGUGUGAUGAAUCGGCCCGACAAUCCGCGUAUUCCUUUUUACGGCCGAAUCUUUCUUGAUGUCGGGGAUUCAAUUAACAAGCUUCGGGCCUACUAUUACGGCGUGGAGUAUAAAUAUUGGUUCUUGGCUCCCAACGCAAAGGAUCUCGACACUUUGAGGAGCUAUGUAGAAGAAGGGAAGCUAUUGCCCGUCGUUGGUGCAAGAGUUAACAUGAUGGAUAUCGAUCAAGUGCGGGAGGCGUGUCAAACAAUUUAUAAUGGGAAAGGUGGUUUAGGUAAGACAAUCAUUGAAGUGACUGAAGAGUGA